AGCUGUAUUUGGGAAUGAUUGAUUUUUUUCUUUUGGAACUUAAAAAUACAGAAAAAGAAGUAAAGUUUUACAUGAUAUUUUCUCAUUUUGCUUUCCUUAACAAAGUUGUUUUUAAAUACGGAAAAGUGGAACUCGUUUCAAGUUCAGCUUUAUCUGAAUGACGUAACGGGAACUGGUACUCGAGGAUUCUUUUUGUGGCUUUUAACAGUUAUGGCCUGAAGUGAUUGUCCUAAAUUUUGAAAGCUAUGGCCAAAAAAAAUGCUUCAGCUGGUUCUUCUGUUCGUUACCAUAAACUUUCACGAACAGAUGAUGGUUUUAUAGAUCUUCAGUUUGAAAAACCUAAUGUGAAGAUUCCUUGGAAAGCCAUUUUACUAGCAGUGUUCUUAUUUAUUAUGGGAAGCAUCUUAAUCAUUAUUGGUUCACUUCUACUGACUGGUCAUAUUGAAGCCAAGCACACUGACAGUACCUGGCUUCUAAUUUUUCUGGGAUCCAUAAUGUUCAUUCCGGGUGGAUACCAUGUGAGAAUUGUUUAUUAUGCAUAUCGCAGAUAUCCUGGCUACUCCUUUGAUGAUAUUCCAGACUUUGACUAGUCCAUUCCAAAUGACUCAGCUGGAAAUAAACCCUCUAAUUCUGAUAUGUAUUUCAUAUUUUUGGGCCAGUUGCUGUGUUUUGUUUAAUCAUCUGUUUGGAGUUCUCCUGGUCAUCUGUAGAGGUUUUGUGGAGCUGUUGUUAUGAUACUUGGAUUGCAGUGUUGUAGUUUUCUAUUAGGCAACUGGAUAUACAUCUGCCUGCUCUUACAUUGAAAGAGAUGAAAUUAAUUGUACACAUGCAGUUUAAUCUUGCACUAAUACUUGUAUUUAACUUGGUAAUUAUAGUUAUUUAUAUUAAUUAAUGAAUAUAAAAAUUCUAAAGUUUAAAGUAGUGUUUUUGAUAAAAUAGAUAAGCUAUUUCUAAAGUAUACAGGUUUUCAUAUUCUAUAUAAAAUGUUUUAAAAAGACAUACUUAAUUAAAUGAUUAAAUAUCUUCUUAGUCUAUCUUACAGUUUAAAACAAUUUUCCAAUUUUACAUAAAAAUAUAUAAUGUAAACUCUUGGAAAACAAAAUGUCAAUAAAUUAUAGUCUUCAAAA